AGAACACCGCCCGGCACCGGAGAAUGGCUGAUCGGGAGAUCAAACAGUUGGAGAAGGUGAAAUGCAGAGCUCGGCGCGCGGACAACCUGCGGGAGGAGGCCGCCGCCUGUAACCAGCUGGGGGAGCUGCUGGCCCGGGGGGGCAGGUUCCGGGAGGCCAUUGAGGAGCAUCGCCAGGAACUCGGCCUCUGCGAGGCUCUGGGGGACAUCAUCGGCUGCGCCGUCGCCAACCGCAAGAUCGGGGAGUGCUUCGCUGAAACGGGGAAUUAUCAGGCGGCCUUAAAGCACCAGCGCAUUCACCUGGAUUUGGCGCGUUCGGUCUCUUCGGACAUUGAGGAGCAGCGGGCUCUGGCCACCGUUGGGCGCACUUACCUGUACAUGUGUGAGGUGGGCGACGUGGACGCUCGGCGGCCGGCGGAGGAAUCCUUCCUGAAAAGUCUGGAGAUCGUGGACGAGAAGCUGGAGGGGAAGGUUUCCUCGCGGGACCUGAGUGAGAUGCGGGCGCGCCUCUUCUUGAACCUCGGCUUCCUGUACGACAUCAUGGCGCAGACGGACAAGUGCAGCUUCUACAUCAGGAAGAGCAUCUUCAUCGCAGAGCAGACCCAGCUCCAUGAGGACCUGUACAGAGCCAACUCCAACCUCGCCAGCAUCCACCUCCGCAACGGCGAGCACUCCAAAGCCAUCCGCUGCUGGGAGGCAGCCCGGGAGUGCGCCCGGCGCAUGCGCGACAAGUGCAUGGAGAGUGAAUGUUACUGCAGCAUUGGGCAGACCCUGCUGUCUCUGGGAGACUUCUCAGCGGGAAAACGUUCCCUUAAGAAGGCGUUUCUUCUGGGCAGCCUGCAGGAGUCGGACCGGGACGCUGUGCGCCGCAGCCUGAAGCACGCCAUUAAAGGUUGUCAGCUGGAGGAGGUGUUGUCAGAGCUGACAGAUGGCGACCAGCAGGGGGCACUGUCCUUGUACGAGCAGCUGGGAGAUCUGUACUGUAAGGUUGGAUGCUACAGGAAAGCCGUGGAGUAUUACAAGCUGCAGCUCCGCUGCGCCGAGUCCUUGAGCCGCCCGGACCGGGAGCUCGCCGUCAUCCAUGUGUCCCUGGCUGCGACCUUCAGUGACCUCAAGGACUACCCGCAGGCCCUGGAGCACUAUCGAGCCGAGCUGGGCCGGCGGAAAGGGAAUCCCUGCGAGGAGUGCAAGACGUGGCUGAACAUGGCGCUGGCGGUGGAGGAGGACGGGCAGGGGUACAGCCAGGUGCAGCAGUGCUUGACCAGGGGCAUGAAGUGCGCCCAGGAGGCUGGAGACCCCCGGCUGCAGAGGAAGGUCCUCCGGCAGCUCCUCGCGGUGCAGCAGAAGUGGGGGGCCCCGGAGGCUGGGGACACGGAGGCGGAGCUCCGCGAUGUGUGCGGCAGUGACGGCGGUGACAGCAGCGAGGAGGAGGAGGAGCCGGAGAGCAGCGAGCCCCUGCAGGAAAGCGAGGUGGAGCUGUCCUCCAGCGGAGAUGAAGACCUGGAGGGAUACGAGAAGUCUGUGCCGAGCAAGAGGGCGACCACCCGGUGGAAUCGCCGUAAUGAAAAGGGGGAGACGUCUUUGCACCGCGCCUGCAUCGAGGGGAACGCCAAGAUGGUGCAGUGUCUGCUGGAGAAGGGCCACCCGGUGAACCCCCGAGACUACUGUGGCUGGACACCCCUCCAUGAAGCCUGCAACCAUGGACAUCACGAUAUUGUACAGCUGCUGUUAGACCGCGGGGCCCACAUCAAUGAUCCUGGGGGCCCACUAUGUGAUGGGAUCACCCCCCUCCAUGACGCUCUGUCCAGUGGUAACUUUGAUGUUGCUCAGCUGCUGAUCAGGAGAGGGGCGUCUGUGACUCAGAAGACCACCAAGGGGAAGCCCCCGCUCGGCAGUCUGCAGGAGUGGAUUCACAUGUACGGGAAGCACCUGGAUGCAGUGACGCGGAGGGACUGUAAGGAGACGGAGAAGAUGCUGCGCGACGCUCUGCAGGGCAGUGUGGUCUCCUCCACCCCGCAGCCGCCGGCUCGGGAGCUCCAGGACAGUGAGCUGUUUGAUGCUGAAGCCUCCGAGCCGCUCCUUGCCAGCCCCCCAUUCCCCUCCAGGAAGCAGCGGGAGAACUCUGUUCCUCGAAUAAGUCGGACAGGUACGGAGCAUGGAACGCCCAGGAACCUGCGGCUGUCCACCCAGGAGGAUGAGGAUUUCCCGCUGCAGUGCAGCACCCAAAUGAGCGAGGAGGAUCCCCUCAUGGAGGAGGAGCCUGAGCAGCUGCUGACCCCUCUCAAGCCGGUCAAGAAACGGCCACGACUUGGAGCUCCAAGGCCGUCCUCGGAUUCGGAUAUCACCGUGGAGAGGACCUCGGGACCAGAUCCUCCCAGGCUUUCUGAGGGUGGGAAAGAAGCUUACCAGAAAGCCAUGCAGGGCCUGGGCAGCGCCAAAUCACGCCUGCUGAGCCAGAGCAUGGCCCAGCCUGAGCCCGCCCCCGAGGAGCCUGCACCUACAGAUGCUCUGGUGCCCUCAGACCAUUACAUCGGAGAUGAUUGGCUGGAAGAUGACUUAAUGGUGGAAGCUCGCUCCAGAAAGAGAAGCCGCUGGUCUCCUGGCAGCCUGGAGAUGGAAGAGAUAGUGGAGUAUAGUGAAGAAGAGGAGGAAGCGCCGCGCCAGAGGGAGAAGCCGGCUCCUCGAAACGUGUCCCGGAAACGCUCCCGCCAGACGAAGCUGACGCAGAUUGUAGACAGGGCUGUAGUAGGGCGGACGAAGAGCAGCGGGCAGAACAUCUCCAUCCCCCGCAUAGUGGACGGCACUGGAGCACACCACACGGACAGUGGGGGCAGCGCUCCUCCAGCCGCGGCUCAGCCCCCGGCUGUGACGGUGAACGCCUCUUUGCCUCCACCAAUCAGAGUGCGGGUCAGAGUUCAGGACAAUGUCUUCCUCAUCCCGAUCCCUCACAGUGGUGGAGAGACGCAUGAGGUCUCCUGGUUGGCUGAGCAGGCCUCCCAACGCUACUACCAGAGCUGUGGGCUCCUUCCUCGUCUGACUCUCAAGAAGGAAGGGGCCCUGCUGGCCCCCCAGGACCCGAUCCUUCAUGUCCUGCAGAGCAAUGAGGAGGUUGUGGCUGAGGUGCACUCGUGGGACCUGCCGCCCCUCACUGACCGCUACAAGAAGGCCUGUCAGAGCCUGGCAGUGGAGGAGAAUCGUCUGGUGCGGAAAGCUCUGGAACAGCAGGAGACCUCGUCAGUGUCGCUGUGCCGCCUGUCCCUGAGCGGACGUCACCUCUGUCCGGUAAUCCGUGCCUUGAAGCUUCAGAGCUCUCUACGCCAACUGCACCUCAGUGGAAACCUCCUCGGGGAUGCGGAAGUGGAGGAGCUGCUGUCCAUGCUGGGAACGCUGCCCAACCUCACCCAUCUCAACCUGUCCUGUAACCGUCUGACCCACGAGGGCCUCAGGAAGCUGGUUCCAGCCGCGGCCACCUCUGACUACAAAGCCCUGGAGAACCUUGAGGAGCUGGACCUGAGCAUGAACCCGCUGGGGGAUGGGCUGUCACAACCGCUGGCAGCACUUCUGCUCCACUGCCCACUUCUCAGCACCCUGCACCUGCGGGCCUGCCAACUCUCCGCCAAGUUCUUGCAGCAAUACCGCCUUGUACUGGCCGAUGCCUUCAGAGGUGCUGUUCACUUGAAGAAUCUCUCUCUUUCUCACAAUCCUCUGGGUUCUACUGGAGUGGAGCUGGUGCUGAAGACCAUACCCCAUGAGACGAUCUCCUGUCUGGAGCUUCGAGCUGUGACUGCAGGUGACGCUCUGAUCACAGAGCCCCUAAUAAGAUACCUUACUCAGGAUGGCUGCACAUUAUCCCACCUGACGCUCUCCUCUAAUCACCUGAGCGACGAGUCUGUGCGAGACCUGGCCAGAUGUCUUCCUGUCUGCUCCUCUCUGACCUCUCUCGACCUGUCUGGAAAUCCCAAAAUUGGAGGAAAUGGAUUCCAGCACCUGCUGAAUGCAAUUCAGGAACGAAAUAUUGAAAUGCAGGAACUUGACCUCACAGGUUGCCGUAUCCAAGGGCCCUUUAAUAGCUGCUCCCUGGAUGCGCUGUCCUCCCUUCUCCAUGAGCUCAGACUUUGCUCCCGCAGCCUUUCCAAAAAGGACCGAGAGGUGUUAUUGCAGGCCUGGUGCGGGGAGUCGCUCAUCGUCAGUCAACAGAGCAAACUCUUCAUCAAGAGACUGACGUGAGGGUUCAGGGAUCUGACUUAGGAAGUACAGUGGAAAUGGCGAGAAUGUGAUGGAACCAUAAUCCUUCAUGGUGUCCUAGGAGAAGACGGUGGACCUUCAAUGUCUCCUCGUCAUCUGGUGGGAGAGGAACCAUCAUUCAGA